AAAGGGUAAAGAAUUUAGGCAUCCUUGGUGGUGCAGCUGUUUUAUUUCCCCUAUUUUGCAAAGAUUUGAUGGCCAUAAGGCCUUUCCAGUACUUCAGGCUUUCCCACCAUCAUCAUCAUCAUCACCACCACGACCACCACAGCUAUCUCCUCUCUCUUUUCACCACGCCAUCUCUCUCUUCCUCCUCUAUCUCCCUCUCUCCUCAUCUAUCUCCCUCCUUCCCCUUCUUCCUCCGCCUCUUCGUAUCCUCCGCCACAUCCCUCUCUCGCUCAAAGCAGCAGCAGCAGCAGCAGCAGCAGCCGCAGCACCAAUCCCCCAGCCAACACUAUAACCCGCCUUCGCUCCCCCGCCUUCGUCAGCUGCCAACGCUAUCGGAAACCCUGGCGCAGAAGAUCGGUAAAUCCAUCCGCCGCCCUGGCGCCCCCUCCAAGGCUAGGGUUUAUGCUGAUGUCAACGUCAUUCGCCCCAAAGACUACUGGGACUACGAGUCCCUCACCGUCCAAUGGGGGGAGCAGGAUGAUUACGAGGUGGUGAGAAAGGUUGGGAGGGGAAAAUACAGUGAAGUAUUUGAGGGCGUUCACUGCACCGAUAACGAGAAAUGUGUUAUUAAGAUUCUUAAACCGGUAAAGAAGAAGAAGAUUAAGAGGGAAAUAAAGAUACUACAGAAUCUUUGCGGUGGGCCGAAUAUUGUGAAGCUGCUUGAUAUUGUUAGAGACCAGCAAUCAAAGACCCCAAGUCUUAUAUUUGAACAUGUGAAUAAUACAGAUUUUAAAGUGCUUUAUCCAACACUAUCUGACUAUGACAUUCGAUAUUACAUCUAUGAGCUUCUAAAGGCAUUGGAUUACUGUCACUCACAAGGCAUUAUGCAUCGAGAUGUGAAGCCCCAUAAUGUAAUGAUCGAUCAUGAACAGCGGAAGCUUCGUCUUAUAGAUUGGGGACUUGCAGAGUUCUAUCAUCCAGGGAAAGAAUAUAAUGUCCGUGUUGCUUCAAGAUAUUUUAAAGGUCCUGAGCUCCUUGUUGAUUUGCAAGACUAUGAUUACUCCUUGGACUUGUGGAGCCUGGGCUGUAUGUUUGCCGGAAUGAUAUUCCGUAAGGAGCCAUUUUUCUAUGGGCAUGAUAAUUCUGAUCAGCUGGUCAAAAUAGCCAAGGUGCUUGGGACAGAUGAAUUAAAUGCUUAUCUGAACAAAUACCGAAUAGAGUUAGAUCCUCAUCUUGCAGUCCUUGUUGGGAGGCAUAGCCGAAAACCAUGGACAAAGUUCAUUGAUGUUGAAAAUCAACAUUUGGCUGUUCCUGAGGCUGUCGACUUUGUAGACAAGCUGCUACGAUAUGAUCACCAAGAGAGGCCUACUGCAAAAGAAGCAAUGGGACAUCCAUAUUUUUACCCAAUAAGAAACGCAGAAAGCAGCAGAACUCGUACCCAGUAGAUUGAAUUCCAGAUGCUUAUCAAGGUAUGGUGUCUUCUUUUUCUUGGUCGGGACCUUUCUACCAGGGUCGCAAUUAGGAUGGCGUGUGCACCAUGUGUUUUUUUCUUCUUUUCCUUUGAAGUUGGUAAUGGAACCGUCAAUUUAUUGAAUUCUAUAAUUUUAUGACAAAUCAGGUUUCUGUAAACUUUCUAUAUCUGUUCGUGUGUGCUCUGAAGUUGUGAAUGUAACUUAGACCCGAUCCCUGGCUGGAUUGUCGGCUCUGGUUUAUUUUGUUUUCACCUUUCUCAUGUAAAACAUUCACAUGUGCAAUCUCUACUAUAUAUAUUUUUUUCACAA